AUGUUUCUAUCUCAAACAUUAAAAAAUGGACACAAUCAGACCGUCACAUGCAUCGCAUGCACUCAAAAUAAUGAUAAUAAUGCCAAUGAAUUCAUAAGCGGAAGUGAAUUAGGUGAAGUAUGUUUCUGGUCGGCAACCGAUGGAAGAUUAGUCAAAAAACUGCGGUUAUCUGUUUGGGAGAAUGAUGACAUUAUGUGCAUCAAAUGUUCCGUUAAAAAUCCCGAACAAGUUUUUGUAUCAGCUAGUCACAAAGUGAUUGUCUACGAUUUGAAAUAUUUAGAUAAACCGCUGCAGGAGCUGAGUUUUGCCGAAGAUGAAAUCAAUGAAAUCUCACUGAAUGGCGAGGAAUCACAUUUAGCGGCCGCCGAAGAUUCUGGAAACAUUAAAGUUUUUGAUUUGAGAGCAAACAAAUUAAUGAAGACACUAAGAAAUCAUGAAAACAUAUGUUCGGGAGUUUCAUUCAGACCCAACAGGGCUGCAGAGUUGUUGAGUUGCAGUUUUGAUCAGAAGCUCAUCCAUUGGGAAUACUUGAAAUCUAAAAGUUUUUGCAUCUUAAAUAUGCAAGAGGUUGGAGCACAACCAGAUGAUGAAGAAAAUUAUCUUGUGAAUCCACCUUUCAUUCAUAGCUUAUCUGUUAAUUGCUCAGGUUCCCUUGUAGCUUGUGGAACGGAGAAUGCAUUAGUUCAAGUGUUUGAUGGCAGUAAGAAAAUUUUGAGACAUGUGAAAACUUUGAGAAAACAUCAUAGAGGAGUGGCUCAGGUUCAUUCUCUUUUAUUUGCAGAAAAUCUCUUGUUAUCAGCUGGCAACGAUAAUCUGCUCUGCCUGUGGGAACUUAACAACAUCAGUCAGAACAUUGAUUACUCAAGAACGAAUGGUAAUCACUUGACAGCCAAUCACAAUUCACGCAACCGUUCUCAAUCAACCAAUGAGAGAACACCAUUGUGGCAGAUGAAUCACUCAGAAUCAUUCAAUUGGCUCUCAUCUGGAAUCAGUGGCAACUCUAAAUUUUUAUUGGUUGCAGAUAAUUCGACAGAACCUCUUGUUUUUACAUAUGCAGAAUAA